AUGCUACCCCCUGAUCACUUCCUCCUCCAGCCUCGUCAGGACUUCCUGAUCGGCGUUCAGGAGGGUCACAUAGAUACCUCCACUCUUGCUGCGCACGAUUUCGAUGUUGAUACUCGCACGGGUUUCAUGCCCCCAGAUCCUCCUUUAAGUAGACUCCCAGCACAAUGGGAACUCUGGGAAACAGCACUAGAUGCUGCAAUGCAAGCAAAGCUGCAGCUCUCUGUCAAACGAUGUCUGACAGUUGAGGAGAAAAACUCAUCUGAGUCAUGGCGAGAACACGUUCGAAAGCUGCCUGUCCUUCCUAUGUCCGAGCUCACACACUCCGAGCUCCUGCUUCGGCGCGCGCACCAUGUUCUCACCUUCAUUAUGCAUUUUUACAUUUACACACUCCCCCUGUCUUCUUCCGUGCUUAUUCCGGAACCAAUUUCUGUCCCCCUCGUCGCCAUAUCCAAUCACUUGCAGUUACCACCAGUCGUCACGUACUCUGAUAAUGUCCUCUAUAAUUGGGACAUUAUCCACCCCAGGGCCCAAACGGAGCUUGGAUUCGAGGCUCCCGCUCUGGACAACCUUCGCAGCCAGGACAUGUUUUCCGGUACCAUAGAUGAGCAAGAAUUCUACCUCGCUUCGGCCCGCAUAGAGCUUCGCGGCGUCGAGGCUCUCGAGCUUAUGCGUGCGACUAUGGACGAGUUGUUCGUCGGCGACAAGAUAGCCAUCAGGCGCAUUACCGCAUACCUCUACAAGCUUGCUUCGGUUGUGGGCGACCUCACGACCAUCCUGCUCGACGUACGUAAGGGCUGCGACCCUAACACGUUCUAUCACUCCAUUCGCCCAUGGUUCCGUGGCGCAGACUCCGAUCCUGCCCACAGGAAAUGGGUGUUCGAAGGUGUUGAAGAGCAGCCUACCGACCUCUCAGGGCCAAGCGCAGGACAGAGCGCCCUGAUUCAUGCUUUAGACGUAUUUCUUGGUCUAGACAACUGCAAUGUGGUCGAAGGUGGCGUUGCACCGGACCAACGGACGCUGUUGAGAAGGAUGCAGAUCUACAUGCCACGUUACCACCGCAAUUUCUUACGACACCUCAGCACAAGUCCACGUCCUGUACGGACGUUCGUGAUGCAAACAAGGUCUGAUAUGAACCUUUUGGACGCAUACAAUUCUGCGGUGCAGUCGGUGAAGGAGUUUAGGGAUGCGCAUAUCAAGAUCGUGGCAAUCUAUAUUAUUGCACCUGCUGCUCGUGAAAGGACGGAGCUCGAGCACGCAGAUCCAGAAGCUAAGGAGGUUGGGAAGCAAGUGCUGAUGGGCACAGGCGGGACGGAUCUAGUACGCUUCCUCAAAGGCGUAAGGGACAAAACUGCCGAGGCAGUCGUGGAGCCUACGUUGUAG